AUGGGGUCAAGAGGAGAGCGCGGCGGCCGGAGUGGCAGUGGCAGCGUUCGUGUACUCGGGUCUGAAUCGCCGAGGGAGGAGGCAGUGGAGGAAGAGGUGGCGGCGGCGGCGGUGGUCGUAGCGGCGGCGGAGGAGGCGGGAGGAAGAUACCAGCUAGAGAUAAAAAUACCAGAAACCUAUCCAUUUAAUCCCCCUAAGGUCCGGUUUAUCACUAAAAUAUGGCAUCCUAAUAUUAGUUCCGUCACAGGAGCUAUUUGUUUGGAUAUCCUGAAAGAUCAAUGGGCAGCAGCAAUGACUCUGCGCACGGUAUUGUUGUCAUUGCAAGCACUAUUGGCAGCUCCAGAACCAGAUGAUCCACAAGAUGCAGUAGUAGCAAAUCAGUACAAACAAAAUCCUGAAAUGUUUAAACAGACAGCUCGACUUUGGGCACAUGUGUACGCUGGAGCACCAGUUUCUAGUCCAGAAUACACCAAAAAAAUAGAAAACCUAUGUGCUAUGGGCUUUGAUAGGAAUGCUGUAAUAGUGGCCUUGUCUUCGAAAUCAUGGGAUGUAGAGACUGCAACAGAAUUGCUUCUGAGUAACUGAGGCAGAGAGGGAGAGCGCUGCUAUUAGUCAAGCUUGCCCCUUCUUGAGGAGCAUCAACAUCUGUUAUUUUUAGGAUUCUGCACAGAUUUCUUUUAAACUGGCAUUCUUGCCUAAUGAUGUUAUCUAGGCACCAUUGGAGACGGAAAAAAAAAAAAACAAAACAAAACCCUGCUCUGUAAAUAAAGCUAAUUAAACGUCUGUGUAAAUUUAAAUAGGGGAAAUACUUUAAUUUUUUUUUAAUAGUGUAAAAAUUCUUUGAACUAAGCUAAAACCAUGGAAAAACAUGCUACUUUAGUGUUUAGCAGUGUACCAAGACUAGCAAGAGUUUGCUUCAGGAUUUUGUUGAAUAAUUAAGAUACUAUUUUGAGUGUGUCAGGGCCAUUCAUAUUGUUGGUGUUGCAUCAGAGCUACCUUAACCGUUUUUAACAUGGAUCCUCUGUGCCUGUGAAUUUACUUGCAUGCUUGUACUUGACUUUUUAAGGUAGGUAGCUGAAAAGACCACCACUUUAAGCAUUUGAGAAUUCUUGAAUAUGAGAUUUAUCCAGAUGAAGAUGAUGACCUAUUCAGAGCCUUUUUUGUCCUUGUCAACAGAUUGGGACACCCUAUUUUUCCCUUGUAUCACUCACAGCUAAUAGUCUAAUGGUAAAUUGCUUUGUAUUUGGUGGGGAAAUGUCCAAGGGACAGCAGUGUCCCUUGGUUCAUUUUUAGGUCAUAGGAAUGGAAUGUUUUGUCACAGUUCCUCAAGCACUUCUAAAGCUUUCUUAUGUAAGUAAUAAUGUAAAAAUGGAGCUGCCAAUUUUAUUUCUCUUGCAAAAACAGUAAAGUAACAGUAAAUACUUGAUGUUGCAAUAUUCCCAGAUUUAAUGAAAGAACCCAAUUUAGUUUUUCAGUAAAUUUGACAUCUUUCUGUUUCUAAAAUUGUCUUAGAUAAAAUUUUUCUUUGAAACUUGCAAGGAUACAAUCAACUGCAGUAGGGUUUUUUUGUUUGUUUUAUGCCUAAAUUGAGGCUAUAUAGAGACUGCUUUAUUGGAUAUUUUAAGAAGUCACUCUUGCUUGCAUUUUCCCAUGAAACAUUAAAGCUGUGUUGGUGUUCUACUGUACAUAUUUCAGAUGCACAUAAGAAUAGAAGUGUGUUAUAAAUCUAGCUUUCUUUAUGAUGUUUCUGAUAUGAGAAUUGAAAACUUUACCUUCUCCUGUACAGUCAUACUUUCUAUUCGUAUUAAAGUUACAUUUCAUUCUAAGUUCAAAAGUUUGAAAAUUACUAGUUUUGCAGGCUGAAACACUAA